GAGAGAGUUGCGAAACGCGAGAGAACCCAAAAAGAUUCGAACGAAACGCAAAACCCUAAGAGCUCAAGGUUAAUAUUCGCCGUCGAUUUCUCAAUCCCCUCACCGGCGAUUUCACAGACGCCGGUGAAAGGUGUACGAUAGCUGUAAUAGAUAGAGAUUUUAUUUAGGGUAGAUUUCUAGAAACCAUGUAUAGAGAAAGAGGAGCGGUGAAUUCGAGACCUGAGGUUGUGGAUCGUAAACGGAUCAACGACGCUCUCGAACGGCCUUCUCCUUCGACGUCUCGCUCUGUUAAUGGUAAAGGCAAAGGAACCGUUUCGGUGGCGUCGUCUAACUCCGUUUUGAUGGGGAAGCAGCAGCAGCUGUCGCAUGACAAGCAUAGAGAUUCGCGUUCUGCUUCUCUUUCUAAGAACAACAAUGUUUCUGACGAUGAAUCAGAUACAGACAGUGAGGAAUCAGAUGUUAGUGGGUCUGAUGGAGAGGACACUUCCUGGAUAUCUUGGUUCUGUAACCUACGAGGGAACGAGUUCUUUUGUGAAGUUGAUGAUGAUUAUAUUCAAGAUGACUUUAACUUGUGUGGACUUAGCAGUCUAGUCCCUUACUACGACUAUGCUCUCGAUUUGAUUUUGGAUGUUGAAUCUUCUCAUGGAGAGAUGUUUACAGAGGAACAGAAUGAAUUGAUCGAGUCAGCUGCUGAGAUGCUUUACGGACUGAUUCAUGCUCGUUACAUAUUGACAAGCAAAGGUUUGGCUGCAAUGUUAGAGAAGUAUAAAAGCUAUGACUUUGGAAGAUGCCCAAGAGUUUAUUGUUGUGGCCAACCUUGUCUUCCGGUUGGUCAAUCCGAUUUACCUCGAUCUAGCACGGUGAAGAUAUAUUGCCCUAAAUGUGAAGACAUUUAUUACCCACGGUCGAAGUAUCAAGGCACAGACAUUGAUGGAGCUUACUUUGGGACAACAUUUCCACAUCUGUUCUUGAUGACUUAUGGACAUCUGAAGCCACCAAAGGCAUCACAAAACUAUGUUCAAAGAGUGUUUGGGUUCAAAUUACACAAGCCGUGACAGGAAGUUUGAAGACAAGACCCAAGAAUGAAGAUCAUGGCUAUAGCUGGAGAAAAAGAUAAAAAGGAGAAACAAAAAGCAGUGUAAUCAUCAAAGGUGAAAGAGCUCUCAUGGCUCUAUUUGUCUUGAGGUACAUACACAUUAGAAGCAAGCAGAAGCAUGGUUAGAAGAAAUGAACCCAAAAUCUUUUGAUGAGUUUGUUAAACUUGAACAUGUAUUUUUCUACGUUUUUCUUAUUCUCUUAAUGUCAUAUGAUAUCAGAGAGUUAAUCAUAUGUCAUAGAAUUGGUCUCCCUUUAGAUA